AUGUGGAGAGCGCUGGCCGCCGCCCCGGUGCGGGCCCUGCUGCGCACCCCGCCGGCCCGACGGGCUGCCAGCCUGGCCGUGUCCCCCCACACCGGGCCGGCGGACGAGCGGGUAGAGACGCGGGUGGCGGGGCUGAGCCCGGGGCAGCCGGUGACCCUGCGGGCGGUGGCGGCCGAUGAGCGCGGCCGCCUCUUCCAGUCGUGCGCGCACUACCGGGCGGAUAGUCGCGGGGAGCUGCACCUGGGCACGGACGCCUCCCAUGGCGGGGACUACACCGGCGUGGAGCCCAUGGGGCUCUUUUGGAGCCUGGCCCCCGCCGGCAUGGAGAAGCCGUACCAGCGGCUCGUUCCCCUCAGCACCACGGCCCCGAUGAAGGUGGAGGUGUUGGUCCACAAGGGCCACAGCCUGCCCGGAUCCAUACCCGGGCCCGUGAUGGCCAAGGCCGAGGUGCGGAGGUUGUUCACGGCCCCCGGCGUGCGGAGGAUCCGGCUGAAGGAAGGAGUCAUAAGGGGCUCUCUUUUCCUGCCGCCGGGGGAUGGUCCCUUUCCAGGAGUGAUUGACAUGUAUGGUGAUGAAGGAGGCUUGAUUGAAUUUAGAUCUAGUCUCCUGGCCACCCAUGGUUUUGCUACUCUUUCUCUGCCAUAUUUUGACUUUGAAGAUCUUCCUAUGAUCUUGAAAGACUUAAAACUUGAGUACUUUGAGGAGGCAGCAAGGUUCCUACAGCGUCACCCAAAGGUGAAAGGACCAGGAGUUGGAGUGAUUGGGACUGGGAAAGGGGCGGACUUGGCGCUCUCCAUGAUCACCUUCCUGCCAGAAGUAGUGGCUGCUGUCUCAAUCUCUGGCUGUAGUUCAAACACAGUUGCAGACCUCCAUUAUGGUGAGACGACUCUGCCCGGGCUGCGCUUUGAUAUGGAGAAAGUCACUGUCUCUGAGUCUGGUGUGUAUGACGUUUUUGAAGCUCUGGAUGACCCAACGAAUCCUGCCAAUUCUUCUAGCGUGAUCCCCAUUGAAAAAGCAGAAGGUCACUUUCUCUUAGUGGUAGGGGAAGAUGAUCGGAUGUGGAAGAGCUCCUUAUAUGCUGAGCUGGCAAUCAGGCGUCUACGCCAGCACGGGAAAGACAACUUUGAACUCCUGAGUUAUCCAGGAGCAGGUCACCGAAUUGAUCCUCCUUCUACUCCAUUUUGUCAGGUAGCUAUGGAUCGUGUUUUGGGGGUGCCUGUUCUGGGGGGUGGAGAGAGCAAAGCACACGCCCACGCACAGGAACACUCCUGGAGAAGGAUUCAGGAGUUUCUGCACUUGCAUUUGGGAUGAACACUUAAACACAUGCAAGCAGUUGCAGAUCUGCAAGGACUGAACUUGAGCCACCAAAAUGACUGGUGAAUUGAAGGGAUUGACUGAGACAAGCCUUGAAAUAUGAAAAUAACCAAAUGACUACUUAGUUACAAGUAUAAAUCUAAAAAGAAAAGGAUUUCUUUGGAGCACUCUAAGUUAAUUUAACUAGGUAAACAGAGGAGAUGUGAAACAACAAGCAGGUUGCAUUAUGGUACAAAUUUGACAGCUCAAAGUGGUCAAGAUAUGAAGAGACAAGUACCUGAAGAGAGUAGUAGGUACUUCCUUGCAGUAUUUACACCUCACAGAAUGUUAACAGGCAGCCUGCACCCUCAGCAGUGACAGAGAGGAUCACACUCGGCAGUGACGAAUGAUAAACGUAGACAUCCAGAUGAUGACUCUGACUUUGAGUCCUAAGCUACCUUACCCCAGAAUUCUCAUAUUUACAGCCAUAUACACUUCAGAUAUGUUUUCCAUUUACAUGAAGAUCAAGAAACCUACUAGAAAUUUGAAGCUACUUGAAAUGAAGCUCGUAUACUUAGCAUUGUGGUCUUCAGGUGACAGUCUGUUUCUUUCCAAAAAGAACUAUGUGCUGAAUGGAAAAAUGAAGAGUACUUUUCCUUGUCAUCCAAGAAGAAUGGCAAUACUAGCACUGUCUUAUAUUUGGGAUGUACCUGUCUGUUCCUGUAAUGUCUUGGAUUGCUGUUUGACACUCAGGGUACUAAGAUUCUGUUGGAUAGGUUAGAGCAUGUCUAAAUACAGACAUUAAGUUAGGGAUUAAUUACUUGUAGAACUCUUUAGCAGUGAUGUCAACAGAUGCUGAUAGCUGUUCUUAGGGGAGAGGCAGAGUUGGGAGGCAGAAAACCUAGCCUGUAGAUUUAAACUGACUGUAAAAAGCUUUCACCUUAUGGUGGUGAUUAAUUCAGAAUCAUACCAAACUAACAAUGCCCUCCAAAAAAAGCACCCAAAGCCAAAUCUAUGAUAGCUUUUCCAUGACUGCCCAAAGUUAUUUUUUUUAAUACAAAAUAAUUUUUGGCUAGUGCCUUUUUUCCCCUCACCAUUCAGGUAGAAAGAAUUUUCUUCCCAAAUGAGUUGAUCUCUCAAGAGUGUCUUGCUGAAAUAGUGCCAGUGCUGAAGGCCUGUUGAAGGAGGGCCUCUAUCAACAAAAUUUCUCCUUCCAAAGUCAUUUUUGUCAGACCAGUUUGAGAGUUGCCUAGGAAGUUGAGCUGCCUAGGAAGAUAAAAAUCUUUCAUUAGUGUACUCAGUUUUGCUUUGCUCUCAGGGAUCUCUCUCCAGUUAACUGUCAUUAUGCUGCUGCUCAGAUUCAAUAGCUUUCUGCAACUCUUAUUAUUCCUUAUCAUUUGAUUAAAGUCACGUGUUUUUCACACACAAUCAAUGCCAACUGAACAAUUUAUUCAUCCACUCUUUACAAGAGAAGCUCCAUUCUGCAAACUCCACAAAAGAUCUCUUCAUGCCUGGUCUCUAAACUCCCUCACUGGCUGAAUAGGCUUUUGUCAAGUCCUGUGUGGGGCCUGAACCUCUGCUAACACAAGCAACUCCAGAAGUCCAGGACCAGAGCCUGCUGCAAUGUGCUCCUUGGUGUCACCCAUACCUGUCAGACUGCCUUUUUUUCCAAACUCAUUUCAAGUAGCAACUGUAGGAGAAAGGGUUGUCUGUUGUGUGAAGGUUCCUGCUUCAUCCUGUGCCUCUUCAGUAGCUGGAGCUGUUAUCGAUUGUGCAAGAGCAGCACCUCCCCUGUUCCUGUUCUGUCACUCUCCCAGUGCCAAUAUCUGUGUCUCCACACUGCAGUCCUACCUCAGCAUAUGCACUGCAAUGCAAGAUUGCAAUCUGAGGUUCAGGAAGUAAAUGUUACACUGUAAAUUAAAAAAAAAUAAAAACAAAACAAAACAAAAAAACCAAACAACAAAACAGGUAGAUUAAGAGGUCUCAGACUUAAUUUCUAAAGCACAAGCUUUUAAAAUAAUUCAGUGUUAGAUUUUGUCAGACACAUGCAAUUUGAAAGAGAAAUAAAACACUUCCUUUAUUAAAAAGCAA